AUGAACCAUUAUUUGUUCAUUGUUGUUGAUGAUCAUAACGUUGAAAAACACAUAGUCGAUGGAAAAGUUGUUGCACCAGAUGAAGAAGAAGAAUUUGUUCAAAAGACAUCAACAAAAACUCAAGAAGACAAUCAUCAUAGAAUUCGACCAGAUCAACUUUGGACUUAUUUAAUUGCAAGAACAACAACAAACUGUGAACAAAUGACAAAAUUAAUCUCCUACAUUUAUUCAAUUCCUUGUUCCAACGCAUUUACAAACGGUGUUUUUAGUCAUAUGAAGCAUGCCUGGACACCUAGUCAAAAUUUAAUGUCAAGUGAAACUGUAGCUGCUGAAUUAAAAAUACGAUUGAACUGUAGAUGA